GCGAGUCCAGAGAAAGGAGCCUGCAUGUGCCUGUUCGUGGCUCCACUCAGCCACUGGACUGCAGCGGAGGGGAGGAAACCGGGGGCCCCUGCCGCGCAGGGGGAAGGAAGCCAGGGGGCACAGCGGCUGGAAGGUGGAUCCAGUGUGUUGGGGGGGUUGUUUUGCCUUGCGGGAGAUGAACUUUCUCAAUUAAAAGUGCCCGGAGCUGAGCUGUGAAAAUGACGGUGGAAUUUGAGGAGUGCAUCAAGGAUUCGCCCCGGUUCCGGGCGACCAUAGAUGAAGUGGAAACAGAUGUGGUGGAGAUAGAAGCAAAGCUUGACAAGCUGGUGAAGCUAUGCAGUGGGAUGAUUGAGGCUGGGAAAGCCUACAUCACCACCAACAAGCACUUCGUCAGCGGGGUCCGAGACCUGUCGCAGCAAUGCAAGAAGGACGAAAUGAUUUCGGAGUGCCUCGACAAAUUUGGAGACAGCCUGCAGGAAAUGAUUAACUAUCACAUGAUCCUUUUUGACCAAGCCCAGAGGUCGGUCCGGCAACAGCUGCACAACUUUGUGAAAGAUGAUGUCCGGAAGUUCAAGGAGACGAAGAAACAGUUUGACAAGGUGCGCGAGGACAUGGAGAUCUCUCUGGUGAAGAACGCGCAGGCCCCGCGGCACAAGCCCCACGAGGUGGAGGAAGCGACAGGCACUUUGACCAUCACCAGGAAGUGCUUCCGACACCUGGCCCUGGACUACGUGUUACAGAUCAAUGUCCUCCAAGCCAAGAAGAAGUUUGAAAUAUUGGACGCGAUGCUGUCCUUCAUGCACGCCCAGUACACGUUUUUCCAGCAGGGCUACAGUCUCCUUCAUGAACUUGAUCCCUACAUGAAGAAGCUGGCCACUGAGCUGGACCAGCUGGUGAUCGACUCGGCCGUGGAGAAGAGGGAGAUGGAGCACAAGCAUGCACUGAUACAGCAGAGGACUCUCCUGCAGGACUUCUCCUACGAUGACUCCAAGGUGGAAUUUAAUGUCGAUGCCCCCAAUGGAGUGGUGAUGGAAGGGUACCUCUUCAAGAGAGCAAGCAAUGCUUUCAAAACAUGGAAUCGGAGGUGGUUCUCCAUACAGAACAGCCAGCUGGUCUACCAGAAGAAGCUAAAGGAUGUCCUCACGGUGGUGGUGGAAGAUCUGCGGCUCUGUAGCGUCAAGCCCUGCGAAGACAUAGAGAGAAGAUUUUGCUUUGAGGUCGUCUCACCUAGCAAGAGCUGCAUGCUGCAGGCUGACUCGGAGAAGCUGCGCCAGGCCUGGAUCCAAGCGGUUCAAGCCAGCAUCGCCUCCGCUUACAGAGAGAGCCCAGACAGCUACUCCAUCGAAAGACUGGACCGGACCGCCUCCCCUUCCACCAGCAGCAUCGACUCUGCCACUGACUCCCGGGAGCGGAGUCUGAAGGGGGAGAGCAUCCUGCAGAGGGUCCAGAGCAUCCCUGGAAAUGACCAGUGUUGUGACUGUGGCCAGGCAGAUCCGCGCUGGGCCAGUAUCAACCUGGGCAUUCUGCUGUGCAUCGAGUGCUCUGGGAUCCACAGGAGUCUGGGCGUUCACUGUUCCAAAGUCCGCUCUCUCACGCUGGAUUCCUGGGAGCCGGAGUUACUGAAACUAAUGUGCGAGCUGGGGAACAGCACCAUGAACCAGAUUUACGAGGCACAGUGCGAAGCGCUGGGACUUAAGAAGCCCACUCCGGGGAGCUCCAGGCAAGACAAGGAAGCCUGGAUCAAGGUCAAGUACGUGGAGAAGAAGUUCCUCAAGAAGUUGCCUACUGGGGAGGCCCUGGCGGAGAACGAGAGGAAACCCCGGCGCUGGAGCGUGAAGAAAUGCCAGCGGCACAACAGCGCCACAAAAGCACCUACGGCUCGUCGGAAGUACCGGCAUGAGGCAGGAAAUGCAUCGCCGGCCCCGCUCUCAUCAGCUGCCACUCUGGAGAGGAAAUUCCGGCGGGACUCUCUCUUCUGCCCCGACGAGCUGGAUUCCCUCUUCUCGUACUUUGACACCGGCGCCGGCUCAGGACCCCGCAGUCUGAGUAGCGACAGCGGGCUGGGUGGCAGCACGGACGGAAGCACCGACGUCCUGGUGUUCGGCUCGGUGGUGGACAGCGUCACGGAGGAAGAGUGCGAAGUGUCGGAGGAGUCCAGCGGCGAGGCGGAGAUAGAGCAGGAGGCCUCGGACCUGGAGGACCUGCGGGAGCUGCACCCCGGCCUGCUGAUUUACAAGGCAGCACAGGCCAGGAACUUGCCUGUCAUGGCAGAGGCUCUGGCACAUGGAGCUGAGGUCAACUGGGUGAAUGAUGAAGAUGAAAACAAAACUCCUCUGAUUCAAGCUGUGAUGGGGGGCUCCUUGAUAGCCUGCGAAUUCUUACUCCAGAACGGAGCAGAUGUUAACCAAAGAGAUAUCCGGGGCCGAGCUCCUCUGCACCACGCCACGUACCUGGGACACACUGGCCAGGUCUGCUUGUUCCUAAAGCGAGGUGCCAACCAGCACGCAGUGGACGAGGAUGGCCAAGACCCCCUCAGCAUUGCAGUCCAGGCAGCCAAUGCAGACAUAGUCACCUUGCUGCGUCUGGCUCGAAUGAACGAGGAGAUGCGAGAAGCCGAGGGCCCCUUCGGACAACCAGGUCAAUAUCCCAGCAACAGCCCCACUGAGCUCCAGUACAGGAAGUGUAUACAGGAGUUCAUCAGCCUUAAUAUAGAUGAGUGUUAGUGACAACUCCCCACCUGCCUCUCCUUUGCUGUCUUAAGUGGGCUGAAUUCAAGAAUGCCGCCUGAGCCCCACCUUUGGUGUAUAUUGGUGUUUCUUGCAGAUUGGCCUGAUUCUGAUGCCUACGGCAGAUAGGCCAAGAGCCACAGAGGCAGGAGAGGGACUUUCCUGUUAGUGUGUAAUUCUCAUGCUUGACUAGAGACGGUCAAUUUCACACAGGAGGAGAUUCAGGGCACACCACAGACCGUGGCUCGUGGGUUUGAGUGUGCGGGGAGCGCACGAGUUUAGUGUAAAAAAGAAAAGAAAACCCUUUAUCGGCAGAAGAACAUCACCAACGAUACGGCUGGAUGAUAUGCUUGGAACCUGCUGUGUAUUUGUAGCGCUAUAGAUCAGCCCUACACCGAAUUAUCGUAUGAACAAAGUUUGGUUGGACAGCGUGCUGUUGCUGGAGCCCUCUCUUAUCAACGGUGCUCAGCAACUUGAAGUACUCAUUAGCAAAUGGGGUGACUGCAAGGUUUGGAAGUUGUCAGAGCUGGUUUCAAAUGCUAACGCGGGGGCCUCUUAAGUCUGGAGGAGGCAAGCUGCAGGUAGAGAUCUUCUGCUGCAAAAGGCUCCCGGGACGGGGUAGGAAGGAGAGACAUGGCCGCCCACCUUACAUGCUCUCAGGUUUAAACCAGCAAAGCUCCCUUUUUUAAACCAACAGUAGCUAGCUGGUCAAAGCCAUAGCUUAGCUGCGUCCCGGACUAGAGUGCGAUGUGUUUAGUGUUACUGAAGCAGUGAGGCUAAUUUUUUGUGGCCAGGAGAGGCUCGUCGCCGGCGAUGGGCUUUGUGCCAGGGAAGAAAACUAAAAUCAGACGCCCACAGCCUGAGUGGCUAACUCAAGCAGCUGGGUUUUUUCCCUGGUCAGAUUUCCUCCUUCGCCCCUUUCUGGGAAGGGGAUUUCUAUUUGUAUGCGUGUCCCUAAAUGCUGUCGUCCCUCAUGCUGAUGCAUGCGAGCAGGGUGUUUCUGCAGCAGGUCCAGGGAAUCCGGAUUGCUCCAUUUCCAUUUACUGGCAAGACUAUUUUGGUUUUUCUUUUUUUGCGGGAGUGUGGGGGGACCUGUUUUUCCUCAGAGCCACUUUGGAUUUUACGGUCUGUGUUUCUGACGUGCUCCCGGUGUCUCGGCAGAGAUACCAUCACCACGCUGUCAUUUCUGCAGAGGGCUUGGAGAUCAUGUAUAAAAUUGGAAGCCCAACCUGUGACUGUGCAUGACCAUGGAAAGCCUCACUGGGCUCCUUUAAGAGUCCAGUCCCACUCAGUGCUGAGCCCCCCAAAUGCCAUUCAAGUCAAUGGGAUUUGGGGGCUCGGUGCCUAACAGGAGAAGCUCAGGAUCUUGAAGGAUGAAAUUCUUAAUCAGGAACACAAGAGACCAGGAAGACUUCCCCGUGCCCUAUCCCCUCUGUUAAGCUAGCAGUGAUACACCGUAAUAUUUCUUUCCAUCAAAUACUUGUCCGAUUCCUUUAAUAAAAGUUCUGCUCCGCAUACCAGCUGCUGCCCUUGGUAAGUUAUACAUCUGCUGGUUGCGCUCUGUGGGCAUAUUUCUGUCCUCGGGUGCAGCACGAGCAAGCAGGUUCCACUCAAAUCUGUGCACUCAUCCAGGGCUAGAGCAGUAAAGAAACGCCACCCAAUUCCUUUAGUUCCUUUCUCAGCUAAAGGGCCGGAUCCUGCUCUUUUGGAAGUCAAGGAAAGCGUUGCCACUGAUGUCAGUGGGGCAGACUAUGUCCUGAAGGUGUGCCACCCACUUCCUGUCUUCCCUCAUGGCUUCUUUCCUGUCUGCUCCCUUCGAAACUGUGAGACGGCCACUCCCGGAACGCCAAGAUCUCAGUUACACCCAUGAGCUGUAAAUCUGGAAUAACCCUACUGAGUUUGCUGGAGUUGCUCCAGAUUACCACUGGAGCAGACUCUGGAUGGCUUCCCCGCUCCACCCCCCAGUAUAAAAACCUAUUCUCUCCAGCCCUUCACUGUCCCUUCUCCAUCUACACUCCCUCCUGUUGAGCACAGAGAUCACGCCAGUGCUCUUUACAUAACAUGCCAUUGCCAAAGCUGGAUUACGUGAGUCUUCAGCAUUUACGUAGUCGUGCUGUCUUCCUGCCCUGUACACUUGGUGGGGCCCACAGUAAACCUCAGGCCACCUGCACUAUCCCCUCUGAGUGAGUGCUGGAAAAAGGCUUUAGGAUGCCUGUGGUGGUACUUACUAGAGGCUAAACACCGCAGUCUUUGCUCAUGCCAUACUCAGGCAAAAUGCCCAUAGACUUCAUGAGUAAAGCCUGCAGAGUUGUGCCCUUUGUAGUGAAAUGGUCACUUGUUACCUUUUAAGUACAGAGAAUGGACAUUGAUAUUUAGUCCCUGUUAUUCAGGGGACAACUUCCUGGUGACUAGAUUCUGAUCUUAGUGUAAAUCUGGAGUCACUUCAUUUGAAGUCAGUGGAGUGAUGCCAGAUUUACACCAGUAUCAAUCAUGUCUUCUGUAGCUAGAAGUGCACACAGCAUUGCAGAGGUGGCCUCUGUGCAGUUGGAAUGUUUCCCUUUGAUUUGCACGUACAGUGCCCUCUGUUAAGGUUCUUGUUUUCUG